AGGGAAGGUCACUGAAUGGUGACGGACCGAGGGGGGAUAUGGCGGCGGCGGCGGGAGCCUGGCGCUUGCUGUCAGGGGUGAAAACCAUCGGGAGAGGAGCCACGGCUCACAGGUGUCCACUGUUCGUGUUUGUUAGGACAAAUGUAGAGAGCACCUGGUGGCACGAGCAUCUCUCUGAAGAAAACAUUCAAUAUUUAAGAAGAUUGGUUCCUGAGGAAUAUAAGUCGUUGACUAGCAGAACAUCUUGCCCACUAAAAGAUGAGCCAUGGCCUAGGUUACCUUGGGUGCCAGGCACUCGGAGGGUUGGACUAGUUGCAGUGAAGUUGGGGAUGAUGCCUCUGUGGACGAAAGCGGGUGAGAAACAUGCAGUCACAUUACUACAGGUUCAAGAUUGUCAUGUUGUGUCAUAUACACCGAAAGAAAAAUAUGAUGGCAAGAAGCCUGCAUUGGUAGUUGGCGGAAAAAAUACAUCUCCAUUUAAUAAAUCAGAGUCUUUUAUGGAAAAGUACAGGCUAGCAGGGAUACCCCCAAAACGGAAAAUCUCAGUUUUCAGGGUGUCGGAAAAUGCUAUUAUUAAACCAGGUACUCCGUUAUAUGCUGCUCAUUUUCGGCCAGGACAGUAUGUGGACGUCACAGCAAAAACAAUUGGCAAAGGUUUUCAGGGAGUUAUGAAAAGGUGGGGAUUUAAAGGUCAGCCUGCAACUCACGGACAGACGAAAACCCAUAGGAGGCCAGGAGCAUCAGGCCCCGGGGGUGACCCUGCCAGAGUUUUUCCUGGGAAGAAAAUGCCUGGAAAAAUGGGAAACGUCUACAGAACAGCAUGUGGAUUAAAGGUCUGGAGAGUGAAUACAAAAGACAAUAUCCUUUAUGUUCAUGGAUCAGUCCCAGGACACACAAACUGCUUUGUGAAGGUCAAUGACACCACAUUACCCACUCAUCAGCAGGACAAUAAGAAUCCACCAUUCCCGACUUACUUCGCUGAUGGCGAUGAGGAACUUCCUGAAGAUCUGUUUGAUGAUGCUGUAUUCCAAUUCACUGAGCCCUCUAUCAUCAUCUCCUAAAGUUUGAAACUUUCGAUGUGUUCUGUGAUCUCCAUAUAUCCUGCCUUAAGUUUGUUCCAUUUGGGGGACCAUUUUUAAUGUAUUGACCUAUGGCACUGAUCUGAUGGGUGAGGUGGAAGGGGGAAGAGAAAGUCUCAAGUCACAGUGAAAGCUUGACCACCAAAUGAAUAAUGUUGAGAACAACAUUCGGAGGCUCUUGAUCAGAGCUAAUUUGAUAACUGAAAAUUUUCCGUAAUUUUUAGCAGCGUGAGUCUGUCGGAGCGACCUGGACGAUUUCCUGAAACAGAAACAAAAAAAUUCUGCUGCAGAACUUUGACGGUUUUAUUCUUUUGUAACUUAUAGACUGCAGAAUUUGCGGCUCUAUCCAAAUUGUUAAAAAGGAUAUGCUUCCACAGGUUAUGUGAAAUAUAGUUAUUAGAGCAAAGAGGCUCUGGCAGAAAAUAUAUGCAUGAAUUAAAAUAUUUGUGGAAAAUAAUAA